AUGGCCGAGGAACUGGUAUGCCAUCACGAGGAGUGGGAAAAGAGCUUGGGAGAGAAGGCGGCGGUGCAGGUGCCGACCUACGGGGUGCUGCUCCGCGGAGUGCCCGUCAAGUCGGUUGAUCUAAGCAAGAAAGAGGCGGAAAUCGGUAGAUUCUGUAUGGAGAACCAGGCGCUGAUCGGAGGGUAUACCAUCAAGAACCUGACCUGGCUUACCAAGCUGGGAGAGGGGAAGAAGGACGAUACAUGUGGUCACUGUGCAGAGACCACGCACGGGACGAAGGAGUGCCCGAAUAAAGAGGGGAAGAAGAAGUGCUGCCUCUGCGGCGGCAACCACGUCGCAUGGUCCAACCAGUGCGAGUAUAGGAAGGAGAUCGAACGCGUCAAGGCGGUCAAAGCCGCUAUACAGCUACAGCCAUUCUACCCAGAAGACCUGACCCUAUCACCGUCAGUAUCGCAGAGAGGCUCAGCGGUUGGAUCAUCCACCCCGCAGGAGUUUCCCUCGCUAGGCAGCACACAAACGCCGAUCUUCACGGCAGGAUCAAGGCCAACCAAGGCGGCCACGACAACGAGAGGCCAGAAGAGACCAAGGGUAGACUUAGGCCCAGCUAGAACACCCGGCGCUGCUACGGGUAAAGGGAAGAAAACGACACUGUGCGGGCUACCGGUACUAGCCCUGGACGUGCCGAAGACAAGACAACCGCGGGACGAACCAACCAAUGCUAGCAGCAGCAGAACAUACAGCACUAGAAGCAAGUCGCCACUUAAACAGGCCUAG